UCAUUUUUAUUAAGUGUCCAAAAAUGCAACACAACUCUAAACUCUCAGGUUUAUCUGCUGGGGUUUGAUGAAGCCUGGGAAAACUGAGAAACUGCAAACUUGGCGCUGCUCGUGAUCCUGCAGCCCUUCCCUUCUCUCUCUCUCUCUCUCUCUCUCUCUCUCUCUCUCUCUUUCUCUCUCUCUCUCUCUCUCUCCAUCACACUGUGUGAGGACUUGAGCUGACGUGCACUCGCUGCGCGCUCCUCAAAAUUUGAACAGAGGGUGCGAUACAUAAUUCAGUCCCAGCACGGGAACAGCCCACAGUCUCUCCUCCUCUCCUGUCAAACCAAGCAGCCGCUGCAGCCUCGACUCAACCCCGGGGACCGAGGCGGCGCCGCGGUGGUUUUCCUGCUCCGGAUCGGAUGGAGGAUCAACCUUGGAGAAGGGCGCGGGCGGUGUUUGUUGCGCACAGUCAGCGGUGAUCUUCAGGAGACGUAAACAUUGCCAUGCCCUGCUUCAUGCACCACCUCCUUCCUCCAUCCCCGUCCUCCUCCUCCUCUGGUCCAGGACAGAGGGAGCUGUUUUGAGGAGGGAGAUGACGCUGCUGCUGCUGUUGCUGCUGGAGGUAAAUAUUUUGCAGACGUGGUGAAGUUGUGUUCGGGAUAGGAGGCUGCAGCGGGCCACAGUCUGCGCUCUCAGGAUCCUGCAUCCUCACUUUGUUGUGUCCGUGUUGUGCGGCCAUGCUGCAGGAAGCAUCCUCCGACCUGUUCCCGACCUGAGCUUCUCUCUUUGGGAUUAUAAACAACUUCCUUUAAGUAGAAAACUAAAACUUCCUCCUCUUUAUGUUUUAAAGUAUCAACCUGUGCUCUGGGAACAUCCACCUCUCUGAUUCUCUGACUGAUGAUGAACAUUUUUACAUCUUGUUGCUUCAUUUUUCAACCCUGACUGCAUUCCUUCAGGGAGAUGUGACCAGCUGCAGACAUUUUUAAUGAGCAAAGCAUCUCCAGCAUUAAUCAAACCCCCUCUGCAUGACUCCUCGGUGGGGCCAGUCUUGUUAUUAUCACAGCUAACGUUAAAGCAGCACCAUGGGGGCCAAGCAGACCAAAGGCCAGGAGCCUGGAGGAGCCAGCCCACAGCACAGCUGGAAGCGGACUCCCUCCAAGGAGCGGGGAGACAUCCUGGCCUCCCUCAUGUUGAAGUCUGGGGACCGGCUGAACCGUGGGGGGACGCCACCGCCGCCCUACCAGCGCCGCAUCGGGAUGAUCCAGGAGAUGAUGCUGAUGGCGAAGCAGGGAAAGCAGGACGAGGCGACGGAGAUGCUCAGGACCCUCAGACAGGACCUGGGCAUGGAGUCGACCUCUCUGGAUGACGUGCUGUAUCGCUACGCCAGCUUCAGGAACCUGGUCGACCCAAUCACGCAUGACCUGAUUAUCAGCCUGGCACGAUACGUCCACUGCCCCAAGACGGAGGGCGACUCUCUCGGGGCGAUGGAGAAGGUUUGUCGUCAGCUGACGUAUCAUUUGAGUCCGCACUCUCAGUGGAGGAGACAAGGCCUGCUGAAGAGGAAACCCCAGGCUUGUCUGAAAGCGGUUCUGUCGACGCCCCCCUCUACCGGGGCGUUGGACCUCUCCGGGAUCCCUCUGACGGCCCGAGACAUGGAGCGCCUGUGUGCUCACCUGCAGCGUCACGCCUCCAUCGUGGUCAGCCUGGAGCUAGGCUUCACCGAGCUGACGGACGAGGCCUUCCUGCUGCUCCUGCCGACGCUGGCCUCCAUGCCACACCUGGAGACGCUCGCGCUGAACGGAAACAGGCUGACCAGGACGAUACUGAAGGAGCUGACGGACGCACUGAAGGAUCCGGGCAGCUUCCCCAGCGUGACUUGGAUCGAUCUGGGAAACAACGUUGACAUCUUCUCCCUGCCGCAGCCGUUCCUGGUCAGCCUGAGGAAGCGCUGUCCAAAACAGGGGAACCUCCCAACCAUUCUGGAGUUUGGAGAGAGUCAGGCCAGCGAGCCCCCCGAGAGGCUGAGAGGCAUUGGGGAGGAAGAGGAGACAGACGACACCAACCGGACCGAGAGCAUGGGCGAGCUGCGGUCGGAGGUGGAGGAAGAGCUGGACGGAGAGAUGGAGAUCGAGGAGAUGAUGGAGGAGCUGCUGGACUUCGACCGCGAGGUGCAAGGGAAGGAGGAUGAGGACGAGAGCAUGUGGACGGUGGAAGAGCAGAGGAAGGUGGGGAGGAGGAGGUGCGGGCGGAGAGGGGAGGAGGAGGAGCAAAGGAAAGAGCAGCUGACAGGCAGGAGGCCGAUGGUGGUGGAGGACGAGGAUGACACGCAGAGCCGCUCCUCACACAUGUCCUACUCCAGUCAAUCACUGCACUCCUCCGGAGCUGCCGAGCCAAUGAGAGCGGAGGAGGACUACGAUCUAGACGAGGCAACAGACCAAUCGGAUCACCUGACCUGAUUGCUGCUUCCUGCUUGUGUUUCCCUUCCUGUGUCCAGUCCUUUGUGCAAGACUGAGCAUGCUCAAAGUCAAAGAGAAAGUAGCGUUUGGACGUAAACACCCGCCGCUCCUUCAGCUGAUCUGACGGCAGAUCUUUGCAGAGUGACGGCUUCAUUCAGGUGAUUCUCUGUGACCGUGACACAAGACGACAAUCCCUGCAGGACGUCUGUUUGGUUGAGCUGUCUGUUAUUUGAAGUAUUAAUAGAAGAGGAUGCUUACGAUAGGAUAGACUGACUAAUUAUAUCACGUGAGGCUUUUAUGUACAGAAUGUUAACCUUUAUUCAGGUCCUUACCUCCUGCUAACCCUGCUUAUACCUACAUGUGCCUGUCACACAUCCCCUUACUGCUGUGUGCCAGAAAACUGAGCCACACACAAACUAAUCAGGGCCCUUUAACACUUUGAGAAAUGUUUUUGCCAAAAACUAGCAGUGGAAAUGUUUAAACCGUUUCCCUCCCACAGAACGGUGACGACAGCGAGCCAGAUGGAUGAGAAGACCGAAUCAAAAGGUUGCUUGGUAUGAAUCUCUGAAGCAGUGAACAGAUGCAGCCUGAUUUGAUGGAUGAAAAUGUGCAUGAGGAUGAAAUUAGUAAGCUGAAACCAAAAGAAGUAAACAACUCAUGCAGAGAAGGGUGCAGGAGAUGAAUGAUGAUUGUAAGGAAACGGUGAAGUGUCAUGAAAGAUGACGUCCCACAAAGAGCUAAGGGCUGUGCUAUGAAGCGAGGCUAACGGGUCAAUUAUGCGUCAUUUACGUACUCGACGAUUUAACCGUUAUAUUGGGAUAGAAGUUAAACAAUGCAUCCACUAGGGGGCACCUUUCAGAGUCAAAAGAAGAAGAGUCAUAUCAUAUCCGUGACGUCACCCAUCUGUUUCUGAAGCGCUGUUUUGAGGUCAAUCGGUGGCGGCAUUGGAAAUGUUGAAACCAACAUAACUGCUGUCGAGUGAGUGUCACGUAAAGAGGCCGAUUUUGAUCCUCCUCGCCAACAGCUACAGUGUUCCCGCCUGUCAAUCAAGUCAGCUGUGCCUCUCCUAAUGGAAAACUUGUAAUUCUAAAUAUCUUUGAAAUUGCCGCAUUAGAAAAAAAUUCACCCCCCUUCCAAUAUGUGCCAAUCGAGAAAUGAGCUAUCCAGACUGCACAGUUUUUUUGUACCAGGCUGUAAACAUGUUUAUUUCUGCUGUAAAUAUCGGCUUUUUUGAAUUGGUGUGUAUGUGGUUUCCGAUACUUCCGGAGCCAGCCUCAAGUGGAUCCUCGAUGAACUGCAGUUUUUAACACUUCCGCAUUGGCCUCAUAUUUUUAGACCAGAGGUUGCUGCUUGCUCCCCCCUUUUCCAAAGAAUUCUUCUUCAUUGAGUUUUGCUGGUCUAGCUUGAACUGCUCAACACUGCCCCCAUGGUAAUGCAACAUUUGGUCCUCUCCCUUUAGUUUGCAGAACACAUGCAGACCAUCCCAGAUUCAUACGUUUUCUCUGCAUGAUAACGUCGAACUCUCUUCAUAGCGCAGCCCUCUUAAGAAUCAAAGGAAAUAUUUAGUAGCCUUUAAACUCACAAUCCAGUCAUAUUUCACUCUACACCUUCAGCUCUGUGUUUUGAUAUAGCUCACACUCACAGAUACUUUCCACAGAAACUUCUUAUAUCUCCUGGCAGUAUGUAGCGCUCACCCAGCCUGUGUUUUUCCUCCAUGCGCCAGCUCUGGUCCAUGCAAAGUUUGAAUAAACAAGCCGUAUUUUUGGAUGUAGAGUAUAUAGAGUAUAAACUGUUUUUAUCUGUGCAGAGGUGAGUGUUUGGACGGUAGAUUCAGAGAGGAAUAAAUGUUGUGUGUGUUGUAAGCACGUUGAGCAAUAUGUGUGUACAUGAACAGAACUUAAAAACGGAGGGAGGGUGAAGGUGACUUUUUAUCUGUGGCGCUGAGGUGGAGAUGAGCAGGUUGUAAAAUUGUAAACAUUAUAAGAGAGAGUCUCUUCUUGAAGCAGUUGAUACACUUUUCUCCAGAAGACAUUAAUUCUCACGCUGCUUGUGUUUGCAAAAAUGAAGCCUUUAAUGACACGAUCAGAGUGUCAGUCAUACGUAGAAAUUAUUUAAUGAAGCAGAUUACUGAGAUAGACUUUAAAGGGAAUUUAGCUGCUUAUUAUGCAAUUUUUAAACCACCUCUGAAUACAUUUAGCAACACCUGUUCCUGAAUGGACAGAACACCAGUUAUCCCUUUGGAGCCAAAAGAGUUAGAGCUCCCCCUGCUGACUGGCUGCAGUAUAGGUCAUAAUAGAUAUUGACAAUUGUGGGCUUGAGUUUUUUGUAGUGUUGAAGGGAUGUUCAUGAUCCUGCCUCAAAGGGUUUAAAUCCAACGUUAGAUUUCUUAAGUUUGUUAUUCGUGCUCUUAAAAAUAUCCCUGAUUUGUGAAAUCUUAUGAAAGAUGUCUGCAACGGCCAAAAUACACUAGAUCUGUGUCUGGUCCAUCUCCGAUCUGUCACAGCAUCAGAUCUGAUAGGUUUCUAUUCUAGUCAAUGUGUUAACUUCCACUGGAUCCGCUCUGUUGUGUUCCGGCUGCAUCUCUGAUCCGGCAGAUCAGAGCCUUCCAGAUCAGCUACGCAAAUCUUCUAGUUUUGCCGGAUGCCGGAGCACGACGCAUCAAUUUCAACAGAGCAGAUGGAGCGGGACAGGAAGUCAGGCACCAAAACAAAAUGAAAACAUCCGGUUAAUUUUCAGAAUAAAACACUCUGUGUUAUCACCAGAUCGUAUUUCACUUAACUACAACAACAAACCGUCAUGAUGAGCGGAGCCAGGCAUGGAGUCAACAGGUCAGAGGUUUUCAGAGGACCAGAGACAACAUGAAUGAGACGAGGAGGAGGAGAAUCCUUGAUUCAGUGAUUUGAGUCAAGUCUCAAAUCCAAACCAUUGUGAAACUGGAGUGGCCUGAAUGAGAGCUCCUGUUUGUCCCAAAUACAGAAAAAUAGACACAUUUGCUUUCUGAAUUGAAUGCAGUGUGCAUCUGUAACAGUUUGAAACAUAUCCUGUACUUUACUUUUGAAUUAUUGGCCCAUAAGAUGCUAGAAAAUAAAGAUGACCCAGUCGGC